AUGGUGCAGAACAACAUGAAAGGGCGAAUAGAUCGAUUCGAAUGUGACAGAGAAGAAGAACUAUCUUUUUUCCGGGAAUUGAAGAAACGUCAGAAUGAAUAUUUCCCAAACCUAUGUGCUUCUGAAGAAUAUGAAUGUGACACUAACUAUGGUGGUAAUGGAAAGUUUUCACUCUAUAGAAUUCCUUCAGGGAAGAAAGAAUCUGGACUUGAGCUUCUAGAAACAAAAAAUAAAAGCGAUUUUGAUUGGUUGAAAACACCACCAGCAACUCCUUUGUUUCCUUCCCUAGAAAUGGAACCUAAUGCCAAACUCGUCGUUCAGAAAGAGCUACCUAUUGCUCAGUUUAUCUCAAAUGCACAAUUUGCAAAGAAUGAUGUGGAGGAAAACAAACCAAAGGCAAACCAAACCAACUCAAUUAAAUCAUCAAAGCUUCCCAUGAGAUCCAUAACACCAAGUUAUAACAGACAGAGACCUAACAUGAGUAAAAAUACAAGUGAAUAUCAAUUAGGAACUCACCCUACCACCACCAAAAAAGAACAUGAUGCUACAAACACCACUAAAUCUCCUAACCCUAAAAAACAAAUCAACAAUGUCAAUUUCAUUUCUCUAAAUCAAAAGAAAAGUAUUGAAGCAAAUGAGCCACAAAGGAAGCUAACUAGAACAAGAGGCGUGUCUCCUUCAAUGAAAUCAAAAGGUUCAAAUAUCGCGAUAGAACUCUCAAAUGAGACACCGCAAAAUUUGAGGACAGAUAAAAGGUCAACUUCAAAUACAAGAGGAAGAAGCAUUACAAGAGGAUCUUUAGUUGGAGGGUUUCAAAAUCAAGAUAUUACUCCAAAAAAUACAAGAGGUAGAAGCAUGACAAAAGGAUCUUUAGUUGGAGGGUUUCAAAAUCAAGACCCGACACCAAAGGCGUGUAGACCGUCAAGGUCACCAUCACCAAGCAUGUCUAAGUAUGGUUUGAAUCAAUUUGAGAGAACACAAAAGAAUGAGAAGAAACAAAAAGAAAUAUUUACUCUAGGUGCAACAAGUAAUGAAAAUAGAUCAAAUUUUAAAGGAAGUAAAAUGGUUGAGAGAGUGGUGAAUGCUAGAAAAUUUGGUAGCAAUCAUGCAGACAAAGAAACAACACUAAAGCCUAUUAAUUAUAGGGUAUCAUGA